AUGGGUCGUAUGCAUAGCAAUGGAAAGGGUAUCAGUGCCUCUGCCUUACCUUACAGCCGUAAGCCACAAUCAUGGGUUAAGACUUCUCCAUCUGAAGUCUGCGAACACGUUUGCAGAUUAGCCAAGAGAGGUUACACUCCAUCCCAAAUCGGUGUCAUGUUGCGUGAUGCCCACGGUAUUGCUCAAGUCAAGAACAUCACCGGUUCCAAGAUUCUCCGUAUCCUCAAGGUCAACGGUCUUGCCCCAAAGAUCCCAGAAGAUCUCUUCCACAUGAUCAAGAAGGCUGUCACCAUCAACAAGCAUUUGCUCCGUGCCAAGAAGGACAAGGAUGGUAAGUUCCAUCUCCGUCUCGUUGAAUCCCGUAUUCAUCGUUUGACUCGUCCAUACAAGAAGAGAGGAGUCCUCCCACCAAACUGGAAGUACGAAUCUGCCACCGCCUCUACCCUCAUUGCCUAA